AUGUUGGAGAUGAUGGACAGUGUCCGUCCGGGCAAUCUUGAUCAGAAGGAGCCCAGUACUUCUGCCAAGGGACCAACGGGGGUCAAGCGUCCUAGGAGCCCUUUUGCUCCAAAGAAGAGCUGUGGGAAACAGAAGGUGAAGGUGGAGGAGUGGCCUGAACUUCCCAAGGCUGUGUCGGUGGAAGUGGGGGAUUGGCCUGGAGUGCCCAAGGCUGUGGAGGAGGUCCCUGUGGAGCAUCCCCGCAGACGCAUUGUCUUCAAGAAGAGGCGUACUUCUCAGCAGCAGGUUGCAGCUGCAGAUGUUGUGGAGGUGAUGAGUGGACCAUCACCUGUGACCAUUGAAGACUGUCCCCCUAUGCACAGCUCCCCAGACCUCAUCCAAAGUAAGGUCGCUGCUAAUGUUGAUACUUUGCCGGUAACGUUUGAUGCUGGGUCUGUUAGUUCAGGUGAAGAGGAGAUCAUAGUGGUCUCUGAUACAGACAAGUUACCAAAGCAGUUAGAUAAAGAUGGUUAUAUUUAUGAUUUUGAGUAUAAUGACUUUGUGACUGGGGAUGUCAGUGUGGUUGAGGGAGAGUUUAUUGAUGCAGGGAAGGAGAACGGUUUGCUGUUGUUGACUCUCAUGCACGCAGUGCAGAUGGGAUGGAUUCAGAGGGACACAGAAGUUGUUUGA